AUGAACUACCUCGAAGAGGAAGGCCCAUACGAUGGAGUCAUCGCUUUUAGCCAGGCUGCCACGAUGAUUCUCACAUACCUCGCCCAUGUUGCGCGACAAAAUGCCCUCGGCCAUAAUACUCCCGCGCCAUUCAAAUUUGCAAUCUUUAUCUCGAUUGUCCAUUGCCCAGUCGAUUACGAGGCAUUUCAGCGUGGUGAGAUUAUUGAGAUUUGCCCAAAGAAUGCCAAAGGCGUGGUGGGUAUCCCUACCGUCCACAUAUGGGGUGCAUUGGAUGAUGACCCAGAGAGCGCUUCGAGAGCAGCUCAGAUCUGUAAGGAUGAUGUGAAAUGGAUCUAUGUCCACGAACGAGGCCAUGAGGUUCCCGGUGUCGCUUCCGGUCUUGAAAUGACUCGGAUAGUGAACAAUAUCCGUCGGGCGCUGGAAACGGCCAAUGACCAAGACAGUAGCCAAGAAGCCUGA